UUGCGGAAGUAAAGCGGAAGUAGCUGCCAACGUCUCCUCCUCAUCUUGAACCAUGCUUGAAUGGAGGUGACCUUAGUAGUAAGUGUUUGUUAUAUUGUAGGCUAAAGGAACUUGCCGUGGACACAUCGCGUCAGUCCGGUCUGGUUUAGAUGCUAAGCUUGAAUCUUAAAUAUCAGUGAAGACUUGUUGGAGAGAGCAGCCCGGACAGAGAUGGCAGAGGCACAUCAGGCUCGAGUCCAUGCUGCUGUAGAAGACAUGGUCCAAAGCCUGGAGAGGGACCACAUCCGAGUGAUGCAGGGUCGCAUGUUCAGGUGCUCUGCAGACUGCUGUGAUCGCUCCUCUGACUCCAUGUCUGUGGUGCAUCGGUGCAUCGAGAAGUGUCACACUCCUCUGGCCCAGGCUCAGGGACUGGUCACUUCAGAGCUGGAGAAGUUUCAGGACCGUCUGACCAGAUGCACAAUGCACUGCAACGAUAAGGCGAAGGAUCUUUUCGAUUCCGGCGCUAAGGAGCCAGCUGUUCGAUCACUGAUGGACAGCUGUGUGGGCAGUUGUGUAGAUGACCAUGUGAACCUGAUCCCCAGCAUGACCCGAAGACUCAAAGACAAUUUGGACUCUAUACAACAGUAAGGAGCGGGAUGGAAGACCGUAGUCCUUCCUGCGGUCAUUGCACAUACAGAGGUGCACGGUCACUCAACUCAGCCAGUUUGACCAGUAACAAGUGAAGAAUAGAGGGCUGGAAUACUAUGAAAGGGCAGAGAGUGAAGUUUAAAAUGCAUUGUGUGAUGCAAAAGAGUUUUGACUGGUUUUAGAGACGGAUUCUGAAUACUGGUGUUGUGGAGAUUCAAAAUGGCUCAUGAGACUUGUUAUUGUACUAUGUGUAAUCUACAAGCAGUAACCUCCCUGGAGACUGGGAGCUUGGAGUUUUGUCAGAUUUUGGUUUAUCUGCAACAAGAAAGAAAUCCAGUGAUGCAUCUGGUGUCGCGUCAUUAGGUGUUUUCGGACCAAACGGUUCUGGGGACUCACUGAGAGGAACUGCCCACUGAGAAAUACAUACUUUCAAGGGCUUUUUUCUGUUUGCACUCGCACCGCCAAUUGGAACGCUGAAGUGACGUAAGCCGGCCAGCGCCGCACGCACACAUCUCUAGCUGGGAUAUCAGCAAGCAGCUAGUUUGCUACAUUUCACAAGCUCUCAUAGCUUUUUUUAGUAAUAUAAGAAUAAAUAAACAACUUUGUUGCAUGCCACAGUCAUAUAAACUCAAGCAAAAUAGUUGUCACCAAAGUACCGUUUGCGAUUUCAGUUUGAAUCUGCUAUCGUUUCUUCGGCUCAGUGGGUUAGCCUUUGAGCUACUGGGUUAACUCGCUAAGCAGCGGCUCUUGCACGUUCUUUGGCUCGGUGUUUUUGAAAAACAUGGCUCAUUGGCUCAUGUGAUCGACCAAUCACCGCACACUUAUGUCACUCACGGUUCCCAUUGUGCUGGGAGUACCUACUCUGAAAUAGGAGCUAAAAAAGUCCCUCAAUCCGGCGUUCCAAGAACUACGAUCGUUCCUAGUUCUUGCGGUGAAAAAGUUCCUCCGGUCCGAAAACGCCUAUUGUGUGUGAACAAGAUGCCAACUCAGACAUGCAUUGAAGAGAAGUGUGCAUAGGAAACACUCACUCACAGUGCAUAUCUGAGUAUCACGUUUUAAAUUACUGGUAUAGAGUACACCACCCAAUGAACAUGAUACACAUGUGCAUCAAUUCCUGCAUAAAGUUUUGACUGUACGUUAUGUUGAAUUCUUCUUCUCAGUCAUAUUUAAUUACUGAAGGUUUUCUCCAGUAUGAGCCCUCAUUCUUUUUUUUGUCAUUUCAUUGUUGUUAAGCUGUUCUGUGAUUGUCUGACCUCUCGUGAGAUAUGUUUAUAUAUCUGAAUUAAAAGUACUGUACCUGUACCUUUUGGACUGCAUUACUUCCACAAUAUCAACAACAUGAGCUCUGUUUGCAAAUAAAAAUACAAGGCAAUGAUGAA